GUUAGGUAGGUGGUGGUUCCCACAUGCCCGUAAAUGCCAGUGGCUGGCGUUGAAACGAACACACGCAUCGUUUACGACGCAGAAUUCUUUUGCCUUUAUUUCUAUAUUUUGACAACACGGCAAAAAUGGCCUCGAAUCCAAAACGGGCACUCAUUCUCUACAGUUACGCCAAUGUCGGUGAACAUGGCAAGACACCUGCAGUGGAUGCUUUGUGUCAACGUGGCUGUGGUGGCCAGCUAAUGUUGGAACGUCGACCUGAUUCAGAACACAAAGAGAAAGGAAACGAACGACGUCAGGAUAUUAUUCAACUAUUGGGACUCUCUGGAUGCAGUUCGAUUGAACAAAUGAAAGCACAGUUAACAGAACGAUUUAGAAGCAUGAAGCUGGGUUUAAUAGCAUCAUGUCCAUCCAUUACGGCACUGGGCGAUUCGCUUGGAUUGACGAUCGCUUCUUCUUCUUCUUCUUCAGCAACAAAGGAUAUCUACAGCAAGGAACAUUUGCAAGCAGCAAUCGACCGGGUUGAUGUUCUGCUGGUGGAUGUUUCUGACCAACCUUCUGAAAUGGAUCGCAUCAUGACUGAGGUGCUCGAGUCAACGUCCGAUCUUCUCAAAUGCAUUGUGAUGCAUGCCACUGUGCAGAAACAGCAGCAAGAAAACAUGCCGCUGCAAAGUGGUGUAACAAAGAACGGCGUACCGGUCGAUAUUCUUGAAAGGUUGGUAUGCGCAUACUGGCAUGAUGGAUCAACACGACGCGACCGAGUCCGUGGGUUCACGGUGCAGGAUAUCGUCGCGAACGGAUGCAACGGAUCCAUCUUGGCAUGGCACUAUCUGGCUGAGAUUGGACACAAACUAGGCCAUGUGCCAAAGUACGGUGCCUGAAUUAUCGCAGGCUCUGGAACACCAAAAAAAAAAUGUACAUAUAUCGCAACAACAACACUUUCACUGUAUAAAGAUUCAAGCGUGGUAGUAGUAGCUUGGCCCUGUCUGCUCUUUUGUUUUUACUUGAAUGAACGUUUCUCCUACUGUUGUCCGAACAUUCGAUCUAUUCAAAAAGAAGACUUGCUACUCUGUUUGUGUUGUAUAGCCAUAGUUACCAGAAAACACUGACAACAAAAUGAAACAACAUAGGA